GGUGUAUGCUACAUAUGUUGACAGACAUACAUAGUAUGUAACAUCAAUCAGAAGAGAAAUACAUGACAGUGGAAGGCUAUGAAGGUUGGAAACAAAAAGGAAUUAUGACUUGAAAGAAUCAUACGGUGUAUGAAGAACAAAUGAUAAAAAUACUCAAGUGAAGUAUUCAGUAUAUGGUUCUCAUAUUUUGCCAAGAGAUUCUGUAAUUACAUAUUUAGAACAACACAUGUGAGCGUCAUCAGGCUUUACUCUAAUAUACAUGAAUAUUUAUACGAAAAUGUUAAACCAAUCAAGGUUAUUUAGGUCAAUUGUCAGUGGUUAAGACAUUCGACUUCCAAUCACAAGGUUCUGUGUCUGAAUCCCCAUUCACCCACUUUGGUUUGAGCACAUUGAUAUUAUUGUGGUGUGUGCUACUGAUGUUGACAGAUAUAAGUAGUAUAUAUCACUAAUCAAUAGUGAAAUAUCUGGUGAUAGAAGGUUAAGAAGAUCGAAGAGAAACGAACGAGUGAUUGGUGUGGAAAUUAAAGAACCAUCAAGUCUAAGACAAUUGAUUCACAUCUUCCUGUAUGGUUCUCAGAUUUUACUAACAUACUCUCCAAUGGUAUGUUCAUAUACAUUUUGAUUGUCCCCACUGUUAUUCUCAUGCUUCACAUACCUGGGAAGCAUGAACAAGGAGGAGGAAGGCGAGGAAUGGCAAAGCAAGGGCCGCAUUCUUACAAUAGAAGAACAUAUGGAACUCAAAACAACUUCCAACCAAUAUCAAAGUCACAAUCUUCAAUACGGACGUCAAGGCAGUUCUACUAUACGGAGCUGAAACUUGAAGAACUACUACAACCAUCAUCAAAAAGGUACAAGUAUUUAUAAAUAGUUGUCUACGCCAUAUACUCAACAUUCCUUGGUGGGAUAUCAUCAGCAACAGCCUUCUCUGGGAGAGAACAAACCAUCUUGUAGCUGAAGAUGAAAUUAGGAAAAGACGAUGUAAAUGGAUAGGACAUACAUUAUGCAAAUCACCAAACUGCAUCACGAGACAAGUCCUAACUUGGAAUCCUGAAGGAAGGCGGAAAAUUGGAAGGCCAAAGAACAUAUUACGUCGGGAAAUAGAAUCAGAUAUGAAAAGGAUAAAUAACAGCAGAACAGAGUUAGAUGGAGAAUGCUGGUGACCGGUCUGUGCUCCUUCACGAGUAACAGGCGUAAUUCAUCUCAAUACGCUGGUACUAUCGCUGGAACAUUUUUCUUAGUUUUUAGUAUACCAUUAAUUAUAUGCAGUGGUUUUUUAACUAGUGCAUUAUUAAUUAUACAAGAAUCAAUUCAAGAUGAACGGGAUUAUCGAUGUCGUGAUCCAGAAUUUUAUAAAGAUAUUCCAUAUCCACGUCAACCAUUUAAACCAGUACCAACAUCAUCAUCAUUGCCUACUCCAUAUCCUUCUGCACCUAUUCCACAAUUUGAAAAUUUUUCAAAACCUUCUCUAUCACCAAUUCCAUAUAGAAUUCCAAGUCCUCCAAGUUAUCAUUCAGCAGUUACAUUGACUAAUUGAUCAAGUGCUUAUGAUGAAUUAACAAAUUAAGGUUAAACAAUGAUACAUAAAAAACAAUAAUACAUAAUCAUCAAGAGAAAAAGAAUCAAGGAACGCGCGCACGCACGCACACGCUCGUGCACACAUGCACUCAUGAAGAGUUUUCAUCACAUCAAUUGAUAAUUUAACAACAAACAAAUUGUAAUUAACCUUAAAUGAUAUACUUACCAUAUAUUUAUAUUACUAUAUUAAUCUUUGAUUAAAACCACUAUGAAUGAUCAAUUUUUUUUAUGGAGGUGUACAUUUUUGAAAUUUCAAAAUGAAACUGAUCAUAUUUGCUAAAUUGAUGAUAAAAGUAUUGGAUGUUUUUUUUUCGAGUGUUUUAAAUAGUUGUUGUUUCCCAUUAUAUGUGAAAUCUGAAAAUGUGAUUACACAGUUCAGAUAGACGGUCAUUUUGAAAUACAGUUUUUUUCAUAUAUUAGCUGCGUAUUUACGUUUAGAGAUGAAGGAUCAUGGGGGGGGGUAGGUUUGCUAUGCUGUUUUUAGUGAUUGUAUAAAACCGGGUUAGCUACAAAUAUUUAUUGUUUGACGGAAAUUACAUUCCAGCUCAUUCAAUCAUACAACUUUACAUUCAAACCAUGAGUUGUUGUUUUCAUGUUACCGUUGUC